AUGGCAUUGUCAGCACUCCUCCACAUCAAACCACCUCCCCCUCCAUUCCCCUCACUAAAACCACACCUCUCCUCCUCCAAACUCCCAAUCCAAAUCCAAACCCCUCAAGCACACUUCACUAUGCAGAGGCCUCCUCCUCAUGCAUCCACCGCCACCACCACCACCACCACUGUCCACAGUGCGGUCUCCGACGCUGUCUCCCUGAUCCAAUCCUCCCCCGCCACGUGGAAGUCUGCGAUCCUCUGCAACCUCGUGAUCUUUGUUCUGGGCUCUCCGGUUCUGGUUUCUGGGCUCUGCCUCUCCGGCAUUGCUGCCGCGUUUUUGCUCGGAACUCUCACUUGGCGCGCCUUUGGGCCCCCUGGGUUUCUCUUGGUUGCAACCUACUUCGUCAUUGGCACAGCGGUGACAAAGGUGAGAAUGGCGCAAAAGGAGGCUGAGGGGUUAGCCGAGAAGAGGAAAGGGAGGAGAGGCCCUGGAAGUGUUAUUGGAUCCAGUGCUGCUGGAUGCGUUUGCGCUUUUCUCACGAUAUUUCUAGUGGGAGGAAAGGCAUAUUCCCGGCUUUGGCAACUAGGAUUUGUUUCCAGUUUCUGUACUAAGUUGAGUGACACCGUCUCAAGUGAGGUAGGAAAGGCAUAUGGGAAAACAACGUACUUAGUAACAACAUUGAAGGUAGUUCCAAGGGGAACUGAGGGGGCUGUGAGUCUUGAGGGAACCAUUGCUGGACUUUUGGCAUCUGUUCUUCUGGCUUUUGUUGGUUGUCUCAUGGGUCAGAUAAAUGGACCUGAAGCAAUUAUAUGUGUAAUAGCUUCUCAAAUAGCAAAUGUUGGUGAGAGCAUUAUAGGUGCUGUUCUUCAAGACAAGGAAGGAUUUCGAUGGCUCAACAAUGAUGCUGUGAAUGUCAUAAACAUAUCCAUGGGCAGCACAUUUGCCAUUCUGAUGCAGCAGGCAUUACUCCAAAACUUGCAUAUGUAAAUUUAUGACCAGGGGAUGCUUCUCCUGGGUGCCAUGCUAACACAUGUCAAGUAGGAUGCAUAUAAAAACCCCGCUGACCAAAACAGACCACCCCUAUGUGGGAGACAGAUGGAUUGCUUCAUGUUGCGGGAAUGCUUUGUCUCUGAAGCACAGGUUUGAGUUCCUUUCCACCUUCCAAUUUCUGGUUCACAAGUGGAGGUCUAAUCAAUUCGGUGAGUAGUAAAGCCUUUAUAGUUGAUUACCUCGGUAUUUAUACAGUGUAUUUAUAGGGAUCAACACAAGCUUGUCAAAGCCUUUUUUAGCAUAUUUUACGUACAAAAUGUAUGAUCCAUGGAUAUUUAAUUUUAUCAAUAACAAUCUGAUUCUCCUUUGGCUCAUAACCCUAAUAUAUUUUUUCAAAUUUGCAUGAGGGCUCUUAAUGUAAUGGCUGAAGGAAAAUCGUAAUAUUUCUUGCCGAAUCUUUCUGAUGAGGGUUUUCUUUUUGGAUAAAAGAGAAAGGUUUUAUAACAAAGGGCAUAGUGCUUCUGAAGUGGGAAAAGGUGGUGCAACGAAGUGUAGUAUCGGGUCUUCAUGUGAAGAACUGAUCAAGAGUAUGCCUGCAAUGCAUAUGAUAGAAAUGGAAGAUCUGUCGAAAGUGGCAGCAAAAGAUAGGAGCAGAGCCAUUGACACACUUGAAUCCGCCAUUGCAAUAUAUGAGAAGCUCUUGGAACUCAUUCUCAAGGAAGCUAAGAAAGGCACUCGCAGCAGUAAAGAGAGGUGAAAAGAAGAAUCACAACAUGGAAAUAUUGAAACAAGCUGUAAUAUCAGACAUAAACAUAACUUGUCUAGAUAAAUAAAAACAAAAGAGGUAGAAUGCUAGUUUGACAAAUCAUAUCCCAUUUGGGUUACUUCCCUUCAAAGAAACCAUAUGAAGUUUAGAGUGUUUUUUUGAAAGUUGAUAACUAAUGACAAAAUUGAAGGAAAAACUAAUCCUCCCC